GUUAACGACCAGACACGCCGCUCCUCUCAGUCCGACGACAUGCAGCAGAUUUCUGGAUGAUUCUCAGCGGCUCCACGAUGAACUGACGUGGGGGAAAACACAUUAAUCUAUUCAGUUUUAAUUAAGAUGAGAGAGAGCAGCUAUCUGAAGCUAAGCUAACACUGGAUGGCCUGCCAGUCUGUCUGUGUGAUCAUGGACGAGCAGGCCCUGCUGGGGCUCAACCCCAACGCCGACGCCCGCUACAGACACAGGGCCAUGGCGUACUUUGAGCAGCUGAAGGAGUCUCAGGACGGCUGGGAGGUUUGUGCCGAGGCUCUCGCUAAAGGCAUCUACAAUGAUGACCAUGUGAAGUUCUUCUGCUUCCAAGUGCUGGAGCAUCAGAUCCGCUUCAGACACGCCGGUCUGAGUGCGGUUCAGCAGCAGCUCAUCAGAGAGACGCUCAUGAAGUGGCUGCAGAUUCAGCUGAUGAACGCGGAGCCGGAGAAGCCCUUCAUCAGGAACAAAGCUGCUCAGGUGUUCGCGCUCACCUUCGUCAUGGAGUACCUGACGCUGUGGCCCAAGUUCUUCUUCGACAUCCUGACUCUCGUGGGUCUGAACCCCCGCGGAGUCGACGUCUACCUGCGGACCCUCAUGGCCAUCGAUGGGGAGGUGGUGGACCGCGACAUCCUGCACCUGCCCGACUCUCCCCAGGAGAUCCGCAGGAACGCCCUGAUCAAGGACCAGAUGAGGGAGCGGUGCAUCCCCACGCUGGUGGAGUCCUGGUUCCAGAUCCUGCAGACGUACCAGCAGUCUCACCCCGAGAUCACCUGCCAGUGUCUGGAGGUCGUGGGCGCCUUCGUGUCCUGGAUCGACCUCAACCUCAUCGCCAACGACCGGUUUGUGAACCUGCUGCUGAGCCAGAUGUCGGUGAUGGAGCUGCGUGAGGAGGCCUGUGACUGCCUGUUUGAAAUCAUCAACAAAGGGAUGGACCCUGCAGAUAAGAUCAAGCUGGUGGAGUCUCUGUGUCAGGUGCUGCAGUCUGCCGGCUUCUUCAACGUGGAGCAGGAGGAGGACGUGGACUUCCUGGCUAAGUUCUCCCGCCUGGUGAACGGCAUGGGUCAGAGUCUGGUGCUCAGCUGGAGCAAGCUGUCUAAGAACGGGAACGUUAAAGAAGCUGCGGAGGCUCUGCAGGCUCUGGAGAGCAAAGUUCCUCUCCUUCUGCAACUUCUGAUCCACGAAGACGACGACAUCUCUGCCAACAUCGUGGGCUUCUGCUACGAAUACCUGCACGUCCUCAAGCAGCUCCCGCAGCUGACAGACCAGCAGAAAGCUAACCUGGAGGCGAUCCUGCUGGCUGUGAUGAAGAAACUGACGUACGACGACGAGUACAACUUUGAGAACGAGGGCGAAGACGAGGCGAUGUUUGUGGAGUACAGGAAGCAGCUGAAGAUGCUUCUGGAUCGUCUGGCUCAGGUUUCUCCAGAGUUGCUGCUGGAAGCUGUGCGGAGAGUCUUCAACAACACCAUGCAGAGCUGGCAGACGGCCUCCUUCAUGGAGGUGGAGGUCGCUGUGAGGCUGCUCUACAUGCUGGGAGAGGCUCUACCUGCUUCACAUGGAGCUCAUUUCUCUGGAGACACGGCCAAGACCAGCGUCCUGCAGGACAUGAUGAGGACGCUGGUGUCGUGCGGCGUCAGCAGCUUCCAGCACAGCUCCGUCUCUCUGGAGUUCUUUGAGACGGUCAGCAGAUACGAUAAGUUCUUCCUGGUGGAGCCGCAGCACAUCCCCAUCGUGCUGAUGGCGUUUCUGGACCAGAGAGGACUGAGGCACAGCAGCCCUAAAGUGCGCAGCCGAGUGGCCUACCUGUUCUCCAGGUUCAUCAAGACGCUGCAUAAACACAUGAACGCGUUCAUCGAGGACGUUCUGACGAGGAUCCAGGACCUGCUGGAGCUCAAUCCUCCCGAGAACGGGUUCCCGGCGCUGCUCACCAGCGAUGACCAGCUGUUCAUGUUCGAGGCGGCGGGGGUUCUGAUCGUUCACGGGGAGAGUCCCAUGGAGAGGAAGACGGCGAUGAUGACGAGCCUCCUGCAGCCGCUGAUGGACGCUUUCAACGUUCUGCUCAACAAACUGAGUCUGGAGAGAGACGAGGAGAAACAGAACGCCAUCGGAGACUGCCUCAGCCACGCCGUGGGCUUCGCCAGCCGCACCAGCAAGGCGUUCAGCAACAAGCAGACGGUGAAGCUGUCCGGCUGCUCUGAGGUGUAUCGCGGCUGCCUGCAGACCUUCCUCCCUGCGCUCAGCGUGCCGCUGCAGAAAGGGUCUCUACGCAGCGCCGUCAGGUCCUUCCUGCACCGCAUGAUCAUCUGCAUGGAGGAGGAGGUGCUGCCCUUCAUCCCUUCAGCCUCACAACACAUGCUGAAGGACUGCGAGGCCAAAGACCUGCAGGAGUUCAUCCCCCUCAUCUCGCAGAUCACCGCCAAGUUCAAGUCGCAGGUAUCCCCCUUCCUGCAGCAGGUCUUCAUGCCUCUGGUCCUCUCGAUCUUUGAGGUUUUGGGCCGCCCGGCGGAGGAGAACGACCAGGCGGCGGCGCUGGAGAAGCAGAUGCUGAGGAGGAGCUACUUCACCUUCAUCCAGACGGUGGCCGGCAGCGGCAUGAACGAGGUCAUGGCCAACCAGGGAGCGGAGAACAUCGAGCGCGUCGUGUUCACGAUCAUCCAGGGCGCCGUGGACUUCCCCGACCCGAUCGCCCAGAAGAGCUGCUUCAUCAUCCUCUCCAAGCUGGUGGAGCUGUGGGGAGGGAAAGACGGCAUGGUGGGAUUCCCCGACUUCAUCUACAAACACAUCGUCCCCGCCUGUUUCCUCGCUCCGCUCAAACCCAGCUUCGACCUCUCAGACGCUCAGACCGUUCUGACGCUGUCGGAGUGUGCGAUCACGCUGAAAACUAUUCAUCUCAAACGGGGUUUGGAGUUUAUCCAGUUUCUGCAGCAGGAGUAUCUUCCCUCUCUGCAGGUCGCUCCGGAGAUCUCACAGGAGCUCUGUCAGGUUCUUCAGCAGCCGGACGUAAAAGUCCUGAAAAACUACAUAAAGGCGUUCUUCCAGCGGGCGAAACUGUAGGAAAUAAAAAACUGGAAGUUCUCUUUGAAAAAGGACUCGAGACAGGAAGCGGUCGAACGCGCCGCGCACUACCAAAAUAAAAGACCUUAGCAUAGGAGCUGCUUUUGCACUUAAACGUGGCUCGAAGGGCGGAAGAAUCCUCCGAAGACGAGCUGUCCACGACUAACGAGACGAUUAACCAGGGACGAUAACGAGGAGAUAACGAGGAGAUAACGAGGAGAUAACGAGGUGAUAACGAGGAGAUAACGAGGAGAUAACGAGGAGAUAACGAGGAGAUAUUGAGGUGAUAACGAGGAGAUAACGAGGAGAUAACGAGGAGAUAUUGAGGUGAUAACGAGGGACGAUGAUCGGACGUUGGACAGGAAACAGGUCUUUGGAGGACGCAAAAGAACGGAAACGUUUUGGUAACAAUCCUGAAAGAAGCUUCACUGUAAACCCUCACGUUAGAGAAACUGAGGCGACGUAUCGAAGGCGUUGUGGGGGAAAUAAAUAAGAUGUGGAGUCGCGAGGUGGAGGAACAUUCUGAGGAGAAAUGAGGAAAAUCAGACAUUAAAGUGGAGAUUUUAGGAGAAACAUUUGUGAGUUUUCUGAGAUUUAAAUUGCUGAAUUUACAAGAUUAUUAUUAUUAUUAUUAUUAUAAUUUGACGCAAACAAGAUGACAUUUUGUAAAAUGAAAUGUACGAUUUAAGAAGAAAAUGUAUUUGAUUUACCAGAAUUUUUGGGCGAAAUUGUCAUGAAAUUUAAUUUAGUAAAAAUAAAUAUUAAUUUCAGAAAGAAAUCUGAUUUAUUGGAAGAAAACUUGAAUAUUCUUCAAAAAUAAUUAUUUAAUUAGUAAAAUAUUUUUAAGAAUUAAGUGUUGAAUUAACGAGGAAAAAAUGAAAUUUUCUUUAGAUAUCUUGAAUUUUUUUCCCCACAAAUAAAUCCUUUAAAUCUCAGAAAAAAAUCCACAUAUUUUCUCCUAGAUUUCCCGACUUUAAUCCUGAAGCUUUUCCAGUUCUUUCCAGAACAUUAUUCGCCUCUUUGGCUCCAUAUUUAAAUAUUUAACCUCCGAUGGCACUCAUUUGCCUCCAUAGUGUUUAUCUGUGUGUUACAUAUUUAAUUAAAUCCUGAAACACCUGAAGCUUCUCUCCUUCUCGUUAGAAAUGUAAACACAGGUGUCGCUGCUGAACGGACAGAAUAUAAAGGGCUGAAUUAUUUUA